GAACGUCGCAAUCAAAAUCAGUCUCGUACGACCGAAGCGUUUGAAUAGUUUUAAUAAAUUCGCCAAUAGAAAUUGGCUUUUGUAUUAUCGUAUUAAUAGUAAAGUAAUUUUAGUUUUUCGCAAAAUGUCACAGUCCGAAGACAUAGCCACCGACCGGCUGCAAUCCUUAAUCGACACCCUGCGUAAAGCCAGCACCACUGUCCACACGAAAGGCUCGUUCAGCAACUGCAGCAGCCACUUCCGUGGGCAACGCGAUCACGGGGCCGUCGAAGAGUUUAUACAUUCCAUCGAGACGUAUAAAGAGAUCGAAGCGAUCAGCGAUGAAGAUGCGCUCAAAGGUCUAUCGCUACUGUUACACGGCAUGGCCUCCACGUGGUGGCAGGGUGUACGUAAAGAGGCCAAAACCUGGACGGAUGCUAUUGGGCUAAUACGAGAAUACUUCUCGCCCGCCAAGCCGCCGUAUCAAAUUUAUCUGGAAAUCUUCAGCCGCAAACAAGAUGAACGUACAGCCAUUGAUGUCUUCAUCUAUCAAAAGCGUGCGCUACUCGCUCAACUGCCGGCGGGACGACACGACGAGUGUGCUGAAUUGGACUUGAUUUACGGUUUGCUGAAUAUUAAAUACCGCCGACACAUACAACGACAAGAUGUGCAGACAUUCCGUCAACUGCUGGAACAGGGACGUAUCAUCGAACACAACAACUUGGAGUAUGAUACGCAGCAACUAAUACAGGCGACGAAACGUCAAAAACGCUGCAGUUUCUGUAAUUUCCGCGGUCACAACUAUGAGGAAUGUCGAAAGCGCCGAAAUGAAGGGCAAGGGAAUAAAAGUAGAGACGGGAAAAGUGAUGCAGCGGCAAGUGAGACGAAAGAUGAGCAAUGAGCUGGUGCUCGUCAGCCAGCUUGCAGUAGCUGAAUUCAUACAACAACUGCCCCUCCACAAACCAGCAACCAAGGGUUUGCCAACCAACCUCAACCAAAGCAGUGAUCGUCGAGCACGAGACGCACGUUAAUUUAUAUAAUAAGACAGUUUAGUGAAAUAUAAUUUGUAAAUCCACACGCACACAUGCACACAAGCCGCACCGCAACCAACCGACGGGAUGUUCAUUAGUGUCCUGAAAUCUAUUGCAAUUUUGUUUAAGUUGUAAGGGCAGCGCCGAUUGUUGUUCAGGCUGCCUUUAUGAGCUCGCAAAUUGCAAUAGAAGAGCGGAUCACAAUGACACUUCCAACACUACCGAUACCCACCCCCACUCCAAAUUCAUUCAACGCAAACGCUAUACUACAUUCCGGCCUACACGGCCCAAGUUGGCUGAACCCACGCCAGCUCUUAUUUAAGAAUGAAAAAAAACUUCUGGUUAUCACCAAAAAAAAAAAACCAGAAGUUUACCCACACACGAGUCACUCUCGGCACCAGCGCUGAUUUGUUAUUGUCCCAGUAGCUCUUUCCAUUUCCAUUCCGACUUCGGGGAUAGCAUAAAAAAUGUCUAGCUUUGCUUUUUUGUAAGUUUCGCGCAAGCUCGGUUACUAAACAGGUAUUUGAAAUCUUCUCGCAGAUCUCGACUGCUUGAUUUACAACCGAUCUAAGUAUGUUCAACUGGGAGUCGGAAAUGGUGUAUGGAGUGCGCUCAAGUGGACGGUAACAUGAUUCCAGUGCUGCUUGCUGAACAGUGACUGCAAAUGCGUUGCACUCCAUUGCUGAUUUUUAAAGUUCAAAGGGUCAACGAGGAGGGUGUUCACAAAUAGUGCGUUCUCGCUGCUAUUGUGAACUGUAGACUCCACUGUUAUACCUUGAGCCUUGAAGGUCCGCAAGUGAGUGCCGCAAAUCGUGUUGUUGCCUGUGAAAUUGUUGUACGAGAUUUUGUGAUUUCUUGCCGUUAAAAAUGUGUGUAUUUGAGUUGAUGUUGCAUUGUCUUUGACGUACAUUCGUUCACUCUCUCGCACGCUUAGCCUUAACUACAUGUGUUUUCCUUCGGGAGCACAUUUCAUAUAUACACCUGAGCGCGUGGUUGAGUCUCCUCGGUUGCCAUCACUGGCACUGUAAUAUCAACUCGUCUACAUACAUAUAUUUAUCGGUAGUAGAGCCUCGGAAUCUUCGUGCAACAAUUCUCAUAUGCGACAACCACAACGACGGGCACUUGAACGUGCGCCCCCCUCUCCUCAUUUUAUUUGUACAACGAUGGCUCAUUCGUCGCCAUUCGUACUGUUGGCACGCCAAACUGACGCACAGCUAAAUUGUUGUUGCACGUUGGAUUUGUGGCACGUCAACCCAGUCUACACUCUUUCCUUGGUUCAUGAUUCAUCACAGCAUUCGCUUUGGCUUUACGCUCCAGAAAUGUUGUGAUUGUCCUGAACCCAGUAUUCAUUCGUCAUUCCCAUGUACUAUUCCCACAUUAUUUGAUGGCGCCAUCUAAGCCUGACAUUGGUCUUGGCCACUUGGUUGUUUCACAUCGGAUGCGAGCGCCAAUCAAAGAGUCUGGAGCAACUGGCCCGCACAUCUACAUACGUUCAUACGGUGUGUAGGUAUCGAUGACGGACGCUUCGUAGCCACACCAGUUUAUAAGCUUUCUUUUGGCAUCGAGUAAUGUGGGAAUUCGCAUGGCAAUGGCUUUUGAAUGCAUAAAACUCUAAAAUCUAUAUCAAAUCUCUACUGAAACCAUACCAAAUCUAAAAAAAAA